AUGGCAGGAAUACCUCGAGCAGCGCCGGCUGUCAAUAAAAGGAUAAACAGUAUGCGACCUCCACCAAGACCUUCAAGCUCUUUAGCAGGACCAAGACCUUCCACUUCAAGAGCAAGCUCAGCAAUGCCACCACCAUCGUCGAGGUCUGGCGCAGUAUCCCCAACAGGAUCAGUCAUAUCAGUUGCGACAUCUACCACAGGAACGAAGAGGAAGGAAAGAGAUUUUGAACAUGACGGAGGUGGGGAGACAAAUAUCAACGUCGUGGUACGUUGUAGAGGUCGAAAUGAGCGCGAAGUCAGAGAAAACAGUGGAGUUGUUCUCUCAACGGAGGGAGUAAAGGGCAAGAAUCUUGAUUUGUCUAUGGGGCCCAGCGCGCUCAGCAACAAGAGUUACCAUUUCGACAAAGUAUUUUCAUCUGCUGCAGACCAAGCAAUGAUUUUUGAUGAUGUCGUAACUCCAAUUCUUGAUGAGAUGCUCGCGGGAUAUAAUUGUACGAUAUUCGCAUAUGGUCAAACAGGUACUGGAAAAACAUAUACAAUGUCCGGAGAUAUGAGUGAUCAUCUCGGAAUCCUUUCAGAUAAUGCUGGAAUUAUACCUCGCGCUCUUCAUGCUUUGUUCAACAAACUCGAAUUAGACGAUGCGGAAUCCUCUGUGAAAUGUUCAUUCAUCGAACUCUAUAACGAAGAACUGCGCGAUUUGAUAUCGGUCGAUGAUAACAUAAAGUUGAAGAUCUACGACGAUACCAGCAAAAAGGGAAGUUCUAGUACAAUUGUCCAGGGCAUGGAGGAAUCACAUAUCAAAUCCGCUAGGGAUGGUGUCAAGAUCCUGCAGGAUGGAUCUUUCAAAAGACAGGUUGCAUCGACCAAAUGCAACGACCUUAGUAGUAGGAGUCAUACAGUCUUUACAGUAACGGCCUACAUCAAGAGAACAGCAGAAAAUGGGGAGGAUUAUGUUAGCGCCGGCAAGCUGAACUUGGUCGAUUUGGCAGGAAGUGAAAAUAUUCAACGUAGUGGUGCCGAGAACAAGAGAGCUGCUGAAGCUGGCUUGAUCAAUAAGAGUUUAUUGACUCUUGGCCGUGUCAUCAACGCUCUGGUAGAUCGAAGCUCACGAGAUGUCCAUAUUCCCUACCGGGAAUCGAAACUCACACGUCUUCUUCAAGAUUCAUUGGGUGGUCGGACGAAAACAUGCAUCAUUGCUACGGUCUCCCCUGCUAAGAGCAACUUGGAAGAGACAAUCUCGACUUUAGAUUAUGCUUUUCGAGCCAAGAACAUUCGCAACAAACCUCAAGUCAACCAAAUGGUGAACAAAAAAACACUUCUCAAAGAUUUCACAUAUGAAAUUGAAAAGCUCAAGGGUGAACUCAUUGCGGCCAGGCAACGAAAUGGAGUCUAUUUGACCAAUGAGAAUUAUGAGGAGAUCACAGUCGAAAGUGAGUCACGGAGGAUACUCAGCGAAGAACAAGCAGCGAAAAUCGAAACUAUGGAAACGAAUCUUCGAAACAAAGUCCAGGAAUUGUACUCCUUGACUUCGAACUUCAUGACCAUGAAGAAAAAGGCUGAGGCCGCAGAAUCCGUCUUAGACGAAACAAAAGGAGUUCUAGAGCAAACCGAAUCUGUGCUUGAAAACACUCGCCGAAGUUUGGAGGAAGAAUCUGUGCUUCGAAAAGCUCACCAGCACACUGAAGAACAACUCAGUGUUGUCGGUAGUGAGCUUCUUUCCACAUUGGGACGCACAGUAAACGAUGUGGGCGGUCUUCAUGAUAAAAACAGGCGAAAGUCGGCGCUCCAGGACCUGAAUCGAAAUGCUUGGGGACUGUCGAAGGCUCAUGUCUCUGAGGUAACGAAUCUCGUGGAAUCACGGGUCGAAGAGUUCCGAGCUCAGCAACAGGAACUCAUGGCUGCAGUCUCAAGCCGAAUGCAGUCAUUCGUCGACGGCGAACUGGAAAAAUUAGCGGCAACACAAGCAUUCUUAGAAGAGAAUGUUGUUGCUUUUGAAAACUCCGGGAAGGAAGUGUCUGAGCAGACCGACUCGGUCAAGGAAGAGAUGAACGUAGUUCUUGAAGAGAUCAAAACUCUUCGGGAAGAUGUCAAGAUCCGAGUUGGAGAAGGUCUCCAAGGACUUUCGGUUGCAGCAGAAAGAAUUUCUGCAGAAGUUAUUAGCGAGCUGGGUGCAUUUCACACUCAACUUCAUGGAUCAUAUAGCUCUCUCGGUCGAGAUUUUAAGUCGAUAUUUGAAGACCUCCUCAAACACGUCAAUGCACAGAAGGCAGAGGCAAAUGAAUUGAGACAGCAACUUCAUACCGCCAGUGAAGCCGCAAUGCAAUCAAAUACGGCCAUCAACUCGAAACUUGAUGGAGUACUUCAAGAAGAACGGAAGCAAGCCGCCGAGGAUCGUCAAAACCUUUUUUCGCAGAUCUCGAGUUUGAUAAUGGCUCAAGGUGAAGCUCAGGAUGCACGUCUUGGUGACAAAAUCGAAGCCAUUCGAACGGAUAUUCAAUCGUCGAACGAGACAUUCGCAUCAACUCAGGCCCAGUAUAGUCAAGGUAUGGAUGCAUGGAAUGAAAAGGAAGAGAAACUCGUUGAGGAAGUCUUGAGAUCUCGAGAAACCUUGAAGGUCAAGUUGAAGGAUGACUGGAUGGCUGCGAAUAAGCACAACACAUCUCUUCAAGCUACAACCCGGUCUGUACAUGAUGAGACCGUUCGUAUUGUCGAUGAACAAAUGAAGGAUAUCAGCACUCAAAUGCAAGCACUGGAUGACUUUGUCACUCGUGCACGAGCGCAAAAUGCGGAACAUCACAAUCUCCAUGCACAAUCCCUCCAAGGUCUAUCGACUAAGGUCAAAUCUUCGUAUGACAACAUUGGUACCCAUUUCGCAUCAACGUAUGAACGUGUUAAAGAUCUCGGGGAUGAGAUGACCUCAAAGACAACAGCCUUAGCCGAGAACCUUACUCCAUUAGAUGACAACCUUCGACAACCACUUGCAAAUCUUCGCGUUUUAAUUGAUAGCUCGGCGAUACAGGAGUACGAGCCAACAGGAGAGACUCCUCAGAAGGUUCAGUAUCAUUAUCCAACGUAUUUACCACGGACUGAAGCGCAUGAAACACUCUUAGCAGCUCUUCGUCGGCCAGAAGUCAUUGCAUCACCAAGCAAAGUUGUUAUCCCAGUGGUUUACAAUGACUCUUCGCCUACUACUGUAGAUGAUGAGGUAGCUUUUGUUCCCAUCGCAGAACCAGAAAACAAGCCAACUGGACUUAGGGAGAUCGACGCGAACAUAAACGCCGGGUCACUGAACUCAGAGAUUCAAAGUCUAAGCUCAAGCUUAAUGUCAAACGGCUCGGUCAAAUCCCUUGAUUCAGAUGGGUCAACCCCUCCUUUCAAGAAGCAAGCAACUGGUAAGAUACCGAAGCGAAGAUUGUCGAAAAAAUCAAGUGUGAUUGCUCUAGAGGGAAGGGAAAAUACGAUACCGGGGUCUGAGGUAUUUGCGCAGAGUACAGGGAGAAGGCGGAGUCCAAGGACAGCCGGAUAA